CUGCAAAAUGCCGGUCGUCCCCAAUUCUCCGGCGCGCUGCGCUUUUCACACGAGAGAAGUAUUGCAUUCUCCGAUACUGCUGUGUCACUGCGCAAGGCCUCGUCGCAUCCCGAGCAGCAGCAAGCAAGCACUGCAGCACAGCAGCACGCACGUGUCCUGCACGCCUCCGCCGCGGCCGCAGCUUAGUAACCGUACGCCUCCGCCGCGACCGCAGCACAGUAACUGCACGCCUCUGCCGCGACGCAGCACAGCAGCACUGCGCGCCUCCGCCGCGACGCAUGCCCCUGCACCUCUACGACGGCACCAGCGCAGCGUGCACGAAGAAAGAAAUGGCCGAGGGCAAAGACACCUUCGAAGCACACGUUAACAAGCGCAUCUGCGAGCAUAUGAACCAGGAUCAUGCGGCCAGCGUUCUCGCCAUGGCGCUGGCGCUGGACCCAACGGCGAAACGCGCGCGCAUGAGCUCCAUCACGAAAACUUCCGUGACGCUCGACGUCGUCGACGGCAAGGUCCCGAAGCGGCGGGCGCUCGUCUGGCCGCUCGACCCGCCGCUCGCGGACGCGGGCGAAGCGCGCGUGCGACUCGUGGCGAUCCACCACCGCGUCCUGCGGCCGGCGGCGGACCAGCCCGCGGGGGCGGUCGUUUUUGUAGUUAUGGCGGUCGUUCUCCUGGCCGGGUUGACGUCGGUAGGCUUCCUCCAGCCGCUGCGCGACUUUUGUAUGCUCGCGUUCCCCCACAAGGAGGGCCUGAAGCAGCUCGCGGGGCUGCUUCUUUUUUGUCACGCGAUCGAGGCCUUGAACGCGCUC